AUGGCCAGUGAUUGGAGUAAUUGUGCUGUCUGUGAUCAUCGCCAUGUUACCAAACCAUCAGUAGUCUGGUGUUCCGAAUGUGAUGAAGGACUUUGUGGAGAUUGUAACGAACAUCAUAGCAUUUCGAGGUCAUCAAGAAACCACGCAACGGUUUCCAUUGCCGAAUUCAAAAAAUUACCGAAAGAGAUUCUCCAAAUCGCCACUGUCUGCAAAACACAUAACGAGAAAUACGAACUUUUCUGUAGAAAACACGAUUGUCCGUGCUGUAAGAAAUGUGUGAAAUCUCACAACGAUUGCAAAGGUUUAACCGACAUAAAUGAACUCAUAAAAAACGUCAAAACUUCAAAUGCCUUUUAUGAAAUCGAACAAACCCUGCUGGAAGUAGCUGAGAAUAUUAAACUUAUCAAAACUAAUCGGGAAGGUAAUUGGACAUCGUUAGAAAAACAGAAAAAAAUAAUUGAGGAAGAAAUAAAACAAACCAGGACAAAUAUAAAUCAUCAUCUUGAUGAACUUCAGGAUAAAUUAUUGAAUGAAUUAAAAGCAGCCGAACAAAAAGAGAACAGCAAUAUACAGAAAUUGUUAUCUGAUCUUAAAACAAAGGAAAGAGAGAUUACAGAAUUCAAAGUAAACAUUGAUAAUAUUAAACAGCAUGCGUCAGAACUGCAAACCUUUUUGGCAAUAAAACAUUUCGAAACAGUUAUUUCCGUAGCGGAAAAAUUCAUUCACUCGAUUAUCAAAAGUGACGCCACAAACCGAGCCAAUAUUUCAUGCCAAUUUACCAAGUCUUUAGCGCAAAUCACAUCCAGCGUACAGAAGUUUGGAGAAAUUAAUGUUAGUUGUGAACCAUGCAAUUUGUCUAUCAAGAAACGGAAGCAAAAACAAGCUCAGAUUAUGGUAGCUAUUCCGACCAAAAAUAUCGAUAACCUGACAUUGACGUUACUGAAACGUAUCAAUACAGAGUUGUCAAAUGUCCUGGGGUGUUCCCUGCUCCCAGAUGGUAGGAUGGUAUUCGCUUGUUUAAAACAAGACAAAACAAUCGUAUUCAAGGCUGACGGAUCAAAGGAUAUUGAAAUAGAUAAUAUUGGACCUACAUUUGAUGUGGCAUUUAUCGGUGAUGAUUGUAUUGCUGUUACAUCUGCCAAUAUAAAGAAGAUAAAUAUUAUCGACACAAAGAACAAAAAAUUAAAGAAAACAAUCGAAGUUACGUCAGCCAUUGAUGGGAUAGCAUACAAAGAUGGACAUUUGAUUUAUUGUGCCAGGGACAAAGGACUACAGAUGAUUAGUCUUAGUAAUGAAUCCGUUACCACUAUUAUCAAUAAAAAACUCUCAGACUUUGCGUUCGUUGCAACAUUCGGUGACAAACUGUUCUACACAGACAGUGACAAUCACAGUGUAACCUGUUGUGAUUACCAUGGUAACAUACUGUGGACAUUCUGUGACACAAAUGUUCUGGAGUUUCCACUCGGUAUCUCUGCAGAUAAUGAUGGUAACGUGUUUGUAGUGGGAUAUUUUACUCAAAAUGUGGUCGUCAUCUCUCCUGAUGGACAACGCUACAGACAACUUUCAUCAAGUAAAGAUGGACUUAAACGUCCACAGGUUCUGCAUUAUGACACAUCUACAAAUAAACUGUUAGUUGCAAAUGAACACGAAACCGCGUUUUUGUAUAAUGUUAAAUGA